AUGACAGCCAGUCGCAAAUCAGGAGGCUGCGACAUCGCCUUCUACCAGGCUCCCGACACCAUCGCCCAGUUCGAACACAUCCGCCCAAUCCUGACGCGUGAUUUGCAGCAGUCCAACCCUCAAGGUCCCAUCCCCGCCUCGGGCGAGGAACUCUCCCUCUUCAUCCACGCCUUGCAACAGUUCCAGGAGGAAGCUCUAGGCAUCAACCGUGCCCCCACAACUGAGGAUUCAGCUGCUGUUUCAGUCAGAAUUCCCGCCAAGGUCUUUCCCCGUGGCAACACAGAGGCCAUCACCCCCAAUGCUCCCGUUUACAACAUCCUUUUGGCUGCCUACAAAUACCGUCAAAACCAGGGAUGGGCUGAGUGGGACUUAUCCAACCCUGCCAACACCACUGCUUACAUCCAGCUGGUUGCUCACAUCCGGGACGCCCUUGUUUCGACAGGAAUUGUCAAGAACCCUUCUAUCGCCUUUGGAGACUCUGUCAGCCCUGAGGAGCGGGCUUCUCUUUCAGCCUCGAUCCGCACACUGGGAGGCGCUAUCGCCGAGGACCACCAACAGGCAUCUCAUAUCGUCCACGUUGUGACAGAUAAACGGGACCACUCUGACGACGGUGAAUGGCUCCGCACAUUGGAAGUGAAGGGCGACAGGGUGUUCAUUCACCACUGGCACUACCCCGAUUCGUACGACGAGUGGGUGGCAGACCCCUCCGGAGACUUUGCUGACCCAGAGCCUAUUCCCGAGCACCAAGGAUCCUGGAACGUGUCGACUCGUUGGGUCAAGGACAGCGCAAAGUACUCAGAGUGGAUGAACGAGGAGGAUUACGAUUCAAACAAUAGCAAAACCAACGAGCAAGGUUCAGAUUCUUCCGCCCCAUUCAGCCAACGCUACAGGAGCAAGCGCGACAACUCGGACCAGGUCGAGUCAGACUCCAAGAGGAUCAAGCGCAGCUCUUCAGAGUCCCUCAUGGAUACCGGCGAUAACAACGCAAAGCCCGCUGAGCCCACCAAGAGCUCAUCCGAAGACGCCAACAUGGAGGAGACCACUACUUCUACUGCCGCUUCGACUCAGGAACAGGAGGGCACACUUGCGGCUGAUGUGGACACUAUGGAAGUCGACGCUGAGGCUGAGGGCGAGGCUGAACCCAAGCCUGAGGGUACACCUGCCAAGGACACCGAGCCCAAGGAGAUGAGCGUGACAGAACAAGAGUCGAACCGCGGAAGCGCACCACCAGAGACAGAGGAGGCUUUGAGCCAGGCCGAGGCAGAGCGUUUCCAGUUGGAGGAGGAGGCUGGCCGCUAUCUCUCUCGACAGACACAGGAGGUGAUCAUCCCAUCCUACGCCGCAUGGUUUAACCUCGCAAAGAUCCACGAGAUUGAGCACAAGUCAUUGCCAGAGUUUUUCAAUUUGAAGAACCGCAGCAAGACCCCUACUGUCUACAAGGAUUACCGCGAUUUUAUGAUCAACACCUACCGCCUCAACCCCUCUGAAUACCUCACCGUCACCGCCUGCAGAAGAAACUUGGCUGGAGACGUCUGCGCCAUCAUCCGCGUUCAUGCAUUUUUGGAGCAGUGGGGAUUGAUUAAUUACCAGGUCGAUCCUGACACUCGCCCUUCGACUGUCGGACCUGCAUUCACUGGCCAUUUCCGCGUGACGGCCGAUACACCCAGAGGUCUUCAGCCCUUCCUCCCAAGUGUGGCGGCACCUACAGCAGCACAGGCAAACGGAGAGUUGAAGGUGGCGACGGCCAGCGCACCCAAGACAGAGGCCAACAUGGAGCUCCGACGCAACAUCUUUAGCAACAACGCCGCAGCAGCAUCAACCGCGACUACCAAGGAGGGUGAGGAGCAGCACCCCGACAAGAAGCAGCGUUUCAACUGCUUCACCUGCGGCACCGACUGCACCAAGAUGCGUUACCACAGCGUCAAGACCAAGAACUUUGAGCUCUGCUCUAACUGCUACCUCGAGGGACGUUUCCCCACGACCAUGUCGUCAGGCGACUUUAUUCGUCUCAACGCUCAACACUUCAAGCACGCCACAGACGACACAUGGACAGAUCAGGAGACCCUCUUGUUGUUGGAGGGCUUGGAGAUGUAUGACGAAGACUGGAGCUUGGUCGCUGAGCAUGUUGGAACCCGCAGCCGUGAGCAGUGCAUCCUUCACUUUUUGCAGCUGCCCAUUGAGGAUCCUUAUCUGGGUGCUACAUCAGAGCGCGAGUUGGGGCCACUUCAAUAUCACCGCAUUCCUUUCAGCCAAGCCGACAACCCCGUCAUGAGCGUCGUGGCGUUCUUGGCAAGCGUUGUGAACCCCGGUGUGGCUGCUGCUGCUGCCAAGAGUGCUUUGAAGGAGUUGGCCCAGGCCAAGAUUGGCGCUGAGGGCGAGGUCACUGAGGAAGCACAUACUGAGGAGGCUGAUAAGGCCGCACCAGUCGAGAAUGGAGAUGCAGAACCCAAGGCAGAGCCACAGUCUGGUGAGAUGGAUGUUGACAAGGUUGCAGGAGAAGACACAGAGAUGAAGCAGGAUGGAGAUGCAUCGGCCGACAUUGCGGGCUUGCCUCGUUCGACUUUGGAGAGGGUAGGAGCAGCGGCUUUGGGAUCGGCAGCAGCCAAAGCCAAGGUGUUGGCCGACAAUGAGGAGCGCGAGGUCCGGAGAUUGGUUACACAGGUUGUGGAGGCACAGCUCAAGAAGAUGGAGCUCAAGUUGCAGCAGUUUGGGGAGUUGGAGAGUGUUUUGGAGACGGAGAGGCGCGAGCUGGAGAGGCAACGACAGCAGCUGUAUCUCGACCGGUUGGCGAUGAAGAAGAGCAUCAUGUCUAUGCAAGAGAAGUUCCAGUUGGCAAGGCAGACCGCCAACCCACAAGCGAUUGCCAAUGUUACUGUCCCACCAGGAGGUGUUACCGGUACCGGAACGACUUUCCAGAACGAGGCGACGGUCCGUCAGCAGCAGGAGCAGGGCCAAGGGGUGGGGCCAUUGACCCGAGACCAGAAUGCAGAAGGAGUUGUCGUGAUGCCAUUGCCAUGA